AUGCUGAGGGAUUCGGAUAUAGAUUCCUUGACUACCCAUCUUGGAGCCUUGUCCGAGGAAAACCAAAAACACCAUGAAACUCUCCAAGACGUACUGGGGCAGUUCAAGCGUCUCUUGGAGGACUACAGCUCCCUCAAAAGUGACUAUGAAGAAGUGAAGGAAGGCCGUGAGAAAUACAAAAGACAAGCUCGUGGUCAGGACCGCAACCCAUUCGUGCUGGUGCUCGUUGACGGUGAUGGCUACCUUUUCAAGGAGCACUUUAUCAAAGCCGGUGCCGAAGGUGGCAUUAACGCAGCCCGUGAACUAAGCGACUCAGUUAGAGAGCUCAUGCACUCCACAAUUGGCAUGCAGGCUGAUCAGUGUCGAAUUAUGGUCCGCGUCUACGCCAAUAUGCUCGGCUUGUCCAAGACGCUUGCUCGGGCAGGCCUAUGUGGCCACGAAGCUCGAUCCCUUGCGCCCUUCACCUCGGCCUUCAACCGUGCUCAAGAUCUCUUUGAUUUUGUCGAUGCCGCGGAAAAGAAAGAAGGCAGUGAUUUUAAAAUCAGAGAAAUGUUCCGUCUUUUCGCAGAUUCCAAUCAGUGCCGACAUAUCUACUUUGCGGGCUGCCAUGAUACUGGAUUUGGCUCUCUGUUGACCCCGUAUAGGGGCAGAAGUGACCGCAUCACCCUCAUCAAGGCUGCUUCCUUCCAUCGGGAAUUUGAAGAUCUGGGUCUACCGAUUAGAGAGCUACCUUCGCAACAAACCAACUACUACCGUCAACACCAAGGCGGCUAUUCUCACAAAUGGCAGCACCAAACCGAUCUGCAAACACUAUCAAAAGGCAUGCCCACACCCUCAAUGACAACAACUUCUGAUAUAUUCUUACUGACGUAUAUCCAGGGUAUUUGCAAGUACGGUAAUUCUUGCAUCAAGCAGCACGUCAUGCCAAUUCAACCCCUUUCUGCUAAGCCAGCGGAUGAGACGCUAGACAAAUCGUGGUCUACUCCAACUAUCGUGGGCCGCUCGCAGGAAUUCCUCUUCACCAACCUGCCCCCAAUGAGCCUCAAGGCAGAGGACUUUAUCGCCGUCAAUAAGGAUGGCGAACGUAUCGACACCUAUUGUCCCCAUCCGUCCGCGGAUGCCAUGGAUGAAUACCACCGUCGCGCCAAAGAGCACAAAGUGUGCAACAGCUAUCACCUCUCCGGCGAAUGUGGCGACAUGAGUUGCCAAUACGAUCACAGUGAUGUCUCUGACACAAUAGUCGAAGUACUCAGAUACAUUCUCCUUCAGCACCCUUGCCCUCGAGCUGGGGCUUGCCGGUCCAUCAAAUGUUACAUGGGCCAUCUUUGCCAGAAGCCUAACUGCAAGGCCGUGAAGAGCUGGCAGUGUCGCUUUAACCACCGAGCCCACACCCUUGGUCUCCAAGUUUCUCAGUGGGUCGUACCGGCCGAACAGGCCGAGGGGGAGCAAUCCUCAUUGAGCGGUGACUCCUUCGAAGACACCACCUCUCCGAGCACCAUCAACUUCGUCUAA